AGGCCUCCUCCCGGGGUGGGCUGGCAUGGUCCUGUGGUCCGGAGGUCGCUCGGAAAAGGCCCCCCUGGCCCACGCCUGCUCGGGGAGGUGCGGGAGGGACCCUCCUUCCUCCACGCCAAGCGCACCAAAAUUUAAUCACAGUCAAGGAGCAGAUGGUGCCCAACUCAGCAGCGAGGCGGCCCUCCCUGACCCGGAAGUGCUCAGCGGCCUCGGAGAGGACGCGCCUGAGCCGGCGCGCGCGCGCGCCCCCGCGGAACUCCCGCCGGCGGCUGGGCUCUCCCGGAGGCGCGCCGGAUCGCGGCGGCCGCCAACAUGGCCGAGACGAGCGAGGAGGUGGCGGUGCUGGUGCAGAGGGUGGUGAAGGACAUCACCAACGCUUUCCGCAGGAACCCGCACAUAGAUGAAAUUGGCCUGAUCCCAUGUCCUGAAGCAAGAUAUAACCGGAGUCCCAUAGUCCUGGUCGAGAACAAACUUGGUGUGGAGAGCUGGUGUGUCAAGUUCUUGUUACCAUAUGUCCACAACAAGCUCCUUUUGUACAGAACAAGAAAGCAAUGGCUGAACAAAGAUGAAUUGAUAGAUGUCACCUGCACCCUGCUACUUCUCAACCCAGACUUCACCACCGCAUGGAAUGUGAGGAAAGAGCUCAUCCUUUCUGGCACUUUAAGUCCAAUUAAGGAUCUACAUCUGGGAAAAUUGGCCUUAACUAAGUUUCCUAAGAGUCCAGAGACAUGGAUUCACAGGCGCUGGGUGCUACAGCAGUUAAGUCAGGAAACUUCCUUGCCUUCUUCUGUGGCCAAAGGCAACUUAGGAACAGUUCCUGCAGAGAGGACACAGCGAAUACUACAGGAAGAAAUGGAAGUCUGUGGUGAGGCAGCAGGACGAUAUCCCAGCAACUAUAAUGCCUGGUCCCAUCGCAUCUGGGUUUUACAGAAUGUGGCCAAGCUGGAUCUCAAGAUCCUUCUUGAUGAGCUAUCUUCUACUAAACACUGGGCGUCCAUGCACGUUUCAGACCACAGUGGAUUUCACUACCGCCAGUUUCUGUUAAAAUCUUUGAUUAGCCAGACUGCAAUGGACACUUCUGCACUGCAGCAAAACUCUUUGAAAGAUGAGCCAAAAGAUGAAGAAGCAGCAGCUUCAACAGAGGAACCAAGGGUAGAUCUUACCCAGCUCCUAGAAGAAGAGGUGGAAUUCUGCACAGAUCUUAUUGAUUCCUAUCCAGGACAUGAAACCCUUUGGUGUCAUAGGCGGCAUAUUUUCUACCUUCAACAUCACUUAAGUGGCAGGUGUCCUCUCAACUUGACUCACCUGUCACCUGCAGACUGCUCUGGGGGUACUUUGAAUGACUUGCACCUGAUUCCAGCAAGCCCUCAACUAUCUCAGGCAAUGGAAGUGGACGGACUGAAUGACUCUAGUAAACAAGGCUAUUCCCAGGAAACCAAACGCCUGAAGCGGACCCCAGCUCCAGACUCUCUAGGCCUAGAGAUGGAGCACAGGUUUAUUGAUCAAGUAUUAUCCACUUGUCGGAAUGUAGAGCAAGCCAGGUAUGCUAAUGCAUACAGGAAAUGGCUGGUGACUUUAAGUCAGUGAAAGGUGUGGAUUCAUCCUAAGAAAUCCCCUUUUAGUGCAAUAUUGCUUUCCUUUCUCAAUGCCAUAGCUGCAUGGACUGACUGGCUAACUCUGGAUUCGUCAUCUACAGCUUAAAGUCUGUAAGAAAUGUUUUGGUUUUAUUUAUUUUGCUCAGAGCUGGCAUUCCUUUGGGUACAAAAUAACUGUAUAGUUCCUUCUUGCUAAACAGUGAGUCUUAAGUUUUCCUGUUUGAUUCCAUGCCCUUUAUUUUAAUAUUUGGGCUUUUCAUUUGGUUCUUGAGAUUGGUUCACGUACCUUUACCCACCUCAGUUCAGUUGCUACGUAAGCAGUUUCUUUAAAAAUUGAAAUUUUAAGUUGCAGUUCAGCUUAGGAAUAUUCAUAGAUGUGCAAAAGGACUUGCUCUAAUUGCAGUUUUGAGAAUAAAAUGGCUAGAUGGAUGGAUAUGUGCAAAUGUAAGCCACUUCUUUCUCAAGAAUGUUCUCCAGUUACCGACUAAGAGAACCAAAGCCAGGAGUGUUAGGAUUUAUAUAAAAAAAAAAAAAAAUGCUUCCAAUGUAAUCUAUUUUUUAAAUGCUUAUUUAAAAGAAACUAAACUAAUUUAAGAGUUUAUGUAAUUGUAGUACUGGAAAAUUAUUUUUAUUACUAGUUUUGAUAGAUUGUUUUUACCUCAUAUUUGGUAUAUGCCAAAACAGUAAGUCAGCCCUUAUAAAAUAAAUUCUUUACAAAAACCCAGAAAUGCCAUUUUUAGUUAUUACUACUUUUUUCCUUCUAAAAUUACUCAAGAAAAGUGGGAGAAAACUACAUAUAAUUAUAGUCCUGUAAAGAUUUCCUUAUAAAAUUUAAGUUUCUAAGACUAUACUGGAUAAACUGCAGUUUUUGUCAAGUGGCUAGUCGGAGUUUACUGGCAAAAUCUGGGGAGGAAGGCUAGUUUUAAGCAUUAGUUCAAUUUUUACUUUUAAAGUCAAACAAAACACUUUGAUACUAAAUUCAUCAGGGAUAAGUACCAAAGUCCACAUUAUAGCUAUAUCUCAAUAACAAGGGCUGUGUUUUUCAGGUUGGUGAAAUGGGGGUGGGAAUGGGUCGAAUACCGUCUCUGUCUCUCUUACUCUAUCCACCCCUUGGGAUGAGCCGUGACUCCUCUGUGUGCGUCCCUUCUCUUUAUCUUACCAGUCCACCCCCUGCUUCCCAUCACUCACUGGUCCAUAUUCUUUUAUUGUGUGUCUUUUUUUCAGGGAUACCCACUGAAGCUAUUAUCUCUCUUAUGUCAGUGGAUUUAAUACCUAGCUAUAUAAACACAGGAAGUAUGAAUAAAAGGUGCCCCUCUCGUAUUCCCUCCUUUUAAUGGUUGUCUUGGUUAGGGUUUCUAUUGCUAUGACGAAACACCACGAGUAAAAGCAACUUGGAGAGGAAAGGUUUAUUUCACCUACACUUCCAGGUAACAGUCCAUCACUGAGAGAAUUCAGGGCAGUACUCAAGCAGGGCAGGAACCUCUAGGUAGGAGCUGAUGCAGAGGCCAUGGAGGAGUGCUGCUUACUGACUUACUCUCCACAGCUUGUUCAUUUGGCUUUCUUUUAGCACCCAGGACUGCCAGCCCAUAAAAUGGCACCGCUCACAGUGAUCUGGGCUCUCUCUCAUCAAUCACUAAUUAAGAAAUUCCCCUGUAGGUUUGUUUAUGAUCUGAUCUUAUGGAGGCAUAUUCUCAACUGAGGUUUUCUCUUCUCAGACGACUCUAGCUUGUAUCAAAUUGACAUAGAACUAAGCCAGCACAAUGGUGGAAGCUGUCUCAUCCAAUAUAUGUGCAAAAUGUAAGCAGUGAUUACAGAAACAAGCACCGCCAUCAUGUUUUGUGUGAUCUCUUUCACACUUGGUACUGUGUAGUGUAGGUAGAGGGACAGAGGGAAAGGCGAACUGCUCCUGUCUCACUCUAGUGGGCACUUGUACUUGAGUUAGGCACUCUUAUUCAGAGAAAAAAUAAAUAAACUUUAGCUAGGGCAUUGUAGUCUUAUUGGGUGGCAGACUGCUGAGCUGAGUGAGGAGGCACUUAGGAUACUAGAAAAAAAAAUUCUGCUGGCCCCAGUAGAUAGAGCUUACUUUCUUGGGGCAAAGUUAUGUUUACCGUUUUAAAGUAUUUAGAUGAUAAAAAUACUCAACAUUGUUAACAUAAUUCCACAGUUCUAUUUACAAAGCAUAGUUUGAAUCAUCAAAUACCUCAAGUUCUACAUGGAUCUCUAUAGGAAAACAAUUACAUGUUGUUUAACUUCCCUGAGAGUGAGUAGAAAUGACAGCAGUUACUGCUGCCAACCCCUGUCUUUACUCGGUAUUACCUUUCUCAACAGCAUCCUUUUUAGUUUCCGAAGCAAUGGGGCUUAUAUUUGAUGUUGUUUGUCAGGCCAUGAGCAUAGGCUAUGCUGUAUGAACAUCUGCUAACUUUUUAUAGUGUUCCAUUCCUUUUUAUAUCUUCUACUCAGCUUCUUGGUCAUCUUUGGUGUUAGCUGCCUUCUUGUGUCCUCUAAGGCUCAGCCCACCCCUUCCUGAAGCCGUGGAGUCCUCUAAUAUACCGUGGUUUCUUCUUCCUAGUAAAGUAGAAAGUAGGUAGUAAAAAUACAGAUAUCUAAAAGAUCCUGUUUCUUUGUGGCUUUUGCUACAUUACAUCUGAAAUGUUCAUCACAGGACUUAGGAUUUCCCUGUAUGUUUUCUCUGUUUGGCAUUUACCCUCUCUAGCAGGCUACUGUGUCUUUGACCAAAUGAACUAAUGCCAUAGAAAGAAUCCAUAUAAUGUAGGGCUUGUUUAGUCACAUCCUUCUGUACAUAUGUUGCUGUUAAGAGGAAAAGUUAGUUAGUUUAGACUGACACGUUGAAUCUGCUCUCACCGCAGCCCCACCCUACCUUUUUUAAGGCUGUGUAUUUUGGUAAUUGUAUUUCCAGGUUAUAUCCUAUGCCUUGCACAUAAUAAGGACUUAAUAACUGUUUAUUAAGUUGACUAAUUCACUCUUUGAAGAAGGGAAAGAUUGAUCAUAAAUGAUGGAAUAAUGAUCAGGAAAUUAAUGAGUUAUAAGUUAGUGAUAUGGGCUACCUUCGUUAAUACUUAAGGAGAGCUCUCACAUGUAAAAUUAGUGAGAUUUAGAUUUGCUGUCUUCAUUACCUUGUUUAGGCUUGUUAACUCUCAGCCAUGAGAUGGAGCUCUAGAAUUCUCUUAGCUGUUUGUCUACACUAAAAACUCUCAGUGUCAAUAAGAUCCACUUGGUAAGAUUAUUGUUUUCUUUCACUAAAUGAUGUUGAAAAGCAGAUCUUGCAUACAGAGCCAGGGGCACAUUUGAGCAGAUGGCAUAAUGCUUGGAUUUAGAGACUUGUUGAUCUGUAUUUGUAUGUGAGUCAUCCCAAUCCCCAACUUGAACUGUGGGCCUUUUAGGUACUCCUGGAACCUGCAUGAGCCAUUUUUUAAGACUAAGGAUUUUAUACCCGUUACUAUCUCGUAUUACUUUUAAAAAAAUUCUGGGCCAGACAUUUCUUACUCUUGGGGCACAGUUCUAACUUAAGCUAAAUGCUUCAUUAAUUCUUUUCCCUUUGUUUUUGCUGGUGCUCAGGCUUCAUUUGUUAAUCAGUCAUAGAGUUAAAUGUGUACAGAUUAUCACCAAAAGCCACUUAGAGUUUCAAAUAAGGGCUAAGUAACAUACAACGUAGAAGCGAGCUUUUGAGUUUAUAUGCAGCAAUCUGUAGAAAGCAUGUGUGGUAGACAGCUAAUGUUCAGAUUCUCUCAGUUCCUGGUGUGUGUGUGUGUGUGUGUGUGUGUGUGUGUAGAACUUGUUACAAAUUGUCCGUCUUGCAGUUUCUCUUACACAGCACAAGGUGGUGUCUGACAUGGGCCAAAUGUAGCUUAGGCAUGGAACCACCACCAUACAGGCAUCUCAGUUGGCUCCCUAAGUUAGGGGCGAUUCAGUUGUAAAAUGAAGAAUCCUUUUUUUUUUUUUUUCCUAGAAAGCUUCUUGGGUUUACUGUUAUUUUGCUAUUAGAAUUUUUUUAAAUGCUUGAUUCAAAAAUUUUUGAAUAUUGUAAAAACCAUAUCUUUUGUCUUAAAUAAAACUGCAAACCCUAGCAAUAUGUAUGCUCCUCCACCCCCAACACACAUGGUCUGUAAUGAGCUUCUACUUAUUAAAGAAGCAUGUGGGGGUAUGAGGAAACUUCAGCAAACUCAGUUUCAUAGAAACAGUAAGAAAAAGCCACCCCAAGAAUUCCACAUAUUGUCACAUAGUGUCUUUUUAAAAAUAACUGUAUAAUAUCUUAACUUGAGUGCCUUUCUUACUUCAGGGAGGGUUACAAGGUUAUCUUAUACUGAACUCGAGAAGAUAUGAUCUUGUAAUUUAUAUUUCAUUAAUUGGCAAUUUUUGAGUGUCCUACUAAGAAUACCAAGACUUAGAAUUUGUUCUUUCCUUUUGUCAACUAACAUUUGGAGGCCUCGUUAACUAAAGGUCCAGGUGCACACAAUUAAACCCGUGCAUUCUGUGCUCGAAGGGAAGCAGGCCCCACACCAGUGCACCUCACAGCAGGUGGUUGUCCCCAGUGACCCUUUGCCUUAUUCGGAAGACCCUUCAAUAGCACUUGCUAAGGCCAAAAGAAAAGUGGGAAAUACUAAAAUGAAAUUUCAAAUUUUAUGUAUUUGUGUGGGGAAGGGGAAGGUAGUACCAUCAUAUUUCAUGAUAGCAAAUAAAUUUUCUUUACAGUAAAAAUUCCAAAGUGCUUUGCAGAGCAUUUUUGAAUAAUAUAUCUCUAAUUAUGUUGUGUUCAUAAUUGAUGCAGGAACCAAUGUCUCCUGUGUGGGUUUAGGGUGUGAGGAGAAUUCUCAGGCUCUCGGCUAUGACUUCUGUACCUUCUCAGGCCAUCCCUGUUACUACAGACCACCAGAGACUAUUGGCUCACAAACCCAGGGCAGUUGGUUUGAUCUGUGCUUUCCGAACAAGAGCAUAGCCAUAAAGCUGGCCCUGACAUUUAGUAGUUGGUUGUUGUUCCUCAGGGUGUAGAAGAUUUCAUCAGUUAGAACAAAAUAUUAUAUUCUGUGGCCAAAAAGAAAAUGCAAAAUAUGCUCAAUACAUUGCUAGCUAUUGAGCGUUAGUAUGCAAAAGCUAAUCCACACUGUCUUGCUGCUUGUCCUGUAGCUGUAUUGUGAAUGUCACCAUAAAUGUUGCCCAUUAAGAGAAUUUCUGUGUUAUACUUCCAGUUUGGGGGAAGUGGAGAACAUUAUAUUUUGUUUCAGUUAACUUUCUCAGCCUUUAAAAAUCAUAUUGAGAAAAAUAAUUGCUGUUGCUUUGCAAAUUGACAGCUGUUUUGCUUCCUAAGACUUCUUUUUCUCUGCAUGUGUGAGGUGUAAGAUGCAGACAUGUUCAGAAUAUCCCCUAAUGCCUGGCAUGUUAUGGGAAACUAACCCGUCAGACUGAUAAAUACUGGAGAAGGAAUAUUAACGUAUAUCUCUCUUAAUCAUUGUCCACAUUCUUAGUUUUGGGUAAAGUAUGCUACUUUGUAUGAAAAAUACAUUAUCAAGUUUAAAUAUAUAAGGCAAGAUUGUAUAACAUUGCAGCCAGAGUUGAGGAUCUUUUUAGAUAUCUAAGUGUAUGUGUGUGAACAUACACACAUCUAAAGAGAUCUGGAGCCUAGGUCUACAUGAUUUUAUCCCAUUGAUUUUUAUAUUUGCUCAAAGUGUUCUCAUUUAAGGUAAUUUUCCCAAUAGACAGCUUGCUCUAGCAAAGUUGGAAACUGACUUAAGUGUCCACUUGCCGUAUGUAAAUUUUGUAAAAACUGUUUGAUUAGGAGUUUGGUGGUUUAUAAAGCACGUUAUUCUGCUUUUCUUCCAUCUCCUUAAGGAAUCAGCCUUUAUUUCAUCCUAGCAGUCACACUCCUCAAAGCACUGCUCAUGUUUAUAAAGUGAUGGAUAAUACAAAUGAGGCUUUGGUGGGGUUUGUUUGUUGUUUGUUUGUUUUAAUGUGCCAUGGGGGAAGUAUACCAACAUCAAUUCACACAACUCUCCCCUGGAAGCAUUCAUUCAUUUAUUCCCAUAUUCAAUGUCGUGUAUUUGAAGCAGGCAGCUUUUGGUUGGUUAAAGAAGUGGCACAGAUGAGAAGUACUUAGUCAGCUCUUGCUCUACCAUCAAAGAGCUCUCACCAGGGGGACUGUUGCCAUCUCUUCGCUGAAGAAUACAUUUGUAGAGCCAUGUGUUGGACACUGAAAAAUGUUAUUACAUGACAUGAAUUAUUACACUUGUUUGUUUAGGUGCAGUUAGAGACAUAAUAUCCAUGGUAUGAAGUCAGGAGUUAUAAAAAGCUGAAGCAGUAGCAUGUUGUGCAAGACACAUUUAAUAAAUGUCUUUAAAUAUUGGUGGCUGAACUCUUAAAGAGAGCUAUGGCCACCCUCUACAGCCCCCGUAUGUAUUAGCAUAUCCUGCACUUCCCAGUAGAGGCCCCUUAUUCCACCCCAAUUCUCAGUUCCUUUCCUGUGUCGUAAAAGUGAUAAUGAUAAAAUAGAAAGUUGGACUGGGUGACUUCAUAUAAUUUUCUCAGAAUAUGUUUGACAUGAGGAAGAAAUUUUUAUCAAUAAUACUGUAGUUUGAGGACCUAUUCUGAGUUGACCUGAUGCAAAAGGUUUAAACAGUCUUGAAACAAAUAUUCCUACCUGAACUGUGAGGAAGCAAGUGUGUAGUGUAAGUCUAAAUGCCUUUGCCUUCAGUGAGCUUGCUGAUGCAUGAUUGUAUCACUGGCUGGAGUCAGCUCUACUUUUGGUGUAUUUUGUUCUAGGAGAGCAAUAGAGUGUACACUAUACUAGAUCACAGUACUGUUUCUGAGCCGGAAACAAAUCAAAGAUGAGGUGUUAGAAGUACGCCAAAUAUUUAUAUACUACUACUAUAUACUAUUACAACAAAAACAAAGAAAGACUUUAAAAGUACAGCAAUGUCUUUUCUUAAACUUGGGGUUUUGUAUGCUAGUUAAUUGCAUAGUUUGACAUUAUAAAACUGAGGGACUUUCACUGAAGAAAAAGAUCUCAGAUAGUAUAUUCUACUAUUAGUUUACAUUGCUUGUAGAUUUUCCAAAAAGAGCGUCCAGUAGACUGCAGUUAACAGUGGAAUCUUGACUCGUGGUGCAGCGUCGGAUCCUGGGCAUUAAGUAUUGGUUAGGCCAGCUCGUUUUCUUGGAGACAGUGUCUUCACUGAUAGUUCCUGUGCUAUCCCAGUCUGCAUGGAAGUUCCUUUAGUUCUUAUGUAUCCACAGUUUUUAAAGGAUUAAAUCUCUUGUGAAUUCUUUACAGUUAAAAUGUAUACCCUGGAGGGGAAUAAGAAUAAAUUUUAUAAAAAGGUAUGUGCAAAGUACACUUGUGGUACUUGGGAGUUUAGUAUCCCAGACUGAUUAAAUUUUGCUAAAUUCUAAAGCUAUCACUUGGACUUUUGACUAAGAUUAAAUGUAAAUUCUAAGAGUAACAUAAUCAUGUGUUAUUUAUGACUGUGGUAUUCAAUGGAAAUGUAAUGUGAACCAGAAUGAAAUUAUAAUUUUCUAGUAGCAAUGUUUAAGAAGUGUAAUUAACUUUAAUAAAAAUAUAUCUUAUCGAACUUAAUCUAUUAAAAUACUAUUUCAGCAUAUAAUCAUUAUAACAAACUAAGGAGCUGGCCGCCUCCUUUCUUCACAGUUCAGUGUGCUCUGCUCGCUGCCCUCCACUCUGCCGUGUGUCGGCUCCUCGGGCUCCACGUGUGGCUAGGUGCUGCUGCGUCAGCAGUGCAGAGUUCCGGGGCGCAGCGCACACAUCUGUUUAGAUUUGGAGGUGACAAGUAGACAUGACUUUUCAGUACUUUAUGGAUUAGUUAGGAUAUUUAGAAAGAUAUCUAAUGGAGUUUUCCUUCAUCUUAAUUUAAAUUUGCUGUAGAACUUGGAUCAACCUGAUCGAGUUUGCCAAGCAUUUUUUUAAAGAGGAGGAAUCGUGUGCCAUGUAGAAUACCAUAGUCACUGUCACGAGUUCUGAUGGUGCGAUUUCAGUAUUCACUACAGUCCAUCCUGUUUCUUACAAAUAAUAGCUUAGAUCGCAUGCUUACUGUGUAUCUGUAGCUGUUUGUUUUCUAUUAUUCUUGUUGUAUAAUGAUGUAUAUUAACCAGCAGCCCUAGGAUUCUAAUCUAUGCAGCCGUCUUCCAGAACAUACUGAUGUACUUACUAAAUUAUGAUAAGUGGCCGAGAAAUAGGAUGAACCAUUUCUUUUCCCAUUAGAUUUGUUCUUUUAACAUGGAACCAUGUACCAAACUAGCUGUAAAUUACUGUAUUUCUGUAGACUAUGGAAAUGGUGUUGUCUUUGCUGAUGUCUAAGUAAACUUUACCUCUCCUAAAACAAGUGCCACGUGUGAUUGAUCUCUGUGCUUGGCGUCCAUCUGCCAAGACAUCCAGUUGAAAUGCUCUGAUUGUGUUAGGGGGGUGACGUACGGUCUGAAUGAAACCAGGAACUGAUUAUGUAAUACAAAUAAUAGAACAUUAAAAAAAAUCAAACUUAGAGAAAUUGCAUAAUUGUCUUUCAAAUCCAUUAACAGUGACAGAUUGACUUAGGAAGUCAUUAUGACCGUAUAUACUUUAUAUCUUCAAAUGAAGAUAAAGUGAGACAUUGCUAGUGUUACACCCUGUCCUGUCUCUGUAUACUGUAAGUUAUAAAUUACUUACACUUGAUGAAGAAGCCUAGAGAUGGACCUAGAAAAGUAGGCAGUGAAGUAAAUACUAUUUGUAUUCAGAUUUUAAAUAUUCCAGAAGGGUGUUUUAUGUUGAAGGGCAUUGUUAACAGCAAAGGUUAUGUUAGUAAUGAUAUACUAUUAAUUAUGCAUAUUUUGUAUAGGAAACAGGCUGUGGAGGGUUCUUUGUUUUAUUUUUGUUUUUUUAAAUCAUUCCAAAGAGCUAUCAAACUACUUAAAAAUGCAGGGUAUUUACUUGUUUUAACUGUUAUGAUAAUGAAACUUAUUUUUUGAUUUUGGUUUUUUGUUUAUUUUUCAAGACAGAAUUUCUCUGAGUAUCUCUGGCUGCCCUGGAAUCUGCUUUGUAGACUAGGCUGGCCUCGAACUCACAGAGAUCUUCCUACCUCUGCCUCCCUGAAUGCUAGGAUUACCACCACCCGGCUGGAAGGUAACUUCUUAAAGACAGUCUUAACAUAGACUAAUAGGCACACUGUAUGACUAUGGCAAAAUUAGUAUUAGAAAGGGUGCUUCUCUGGGAAAUCAUAUUGUUUAACAGCCAUGUUUCUCCAAGUGCAAGACUAGCCCUAGUAACAGAUGUGGCCAGCACACUGGCCAGCUAAGUUAAUGUAAGGGUCCUUAGCCAUUGGCCUGAACUUAGCAGACGCACCAUUUUCCUCGAACUCACAGACAUGGCACUGUGCUAUUUUAGAAAGAUGCAAGUGGCAUAGCACUUGUCUCGUAGGCGCUCCUCCCUAAGGCCAGGCUGGGCAUCAGCUUUAAGCAACAGUGUUCUUGCAUGAGAGACACCCUAUUGCAUGAGUUCUGUUUAAGGAUAGCAGAAAUUGAAAGGCUGCUUGGCCCCUCUUCUGGGCUUUAAAAGAAAGCAAGGAUCAGCCUGUGUUUUUCCACAGGAUGAUUCUUAAGUAAUAUUAGCUUCUGGGAUAGAAUCUACGUUUAGUAACAAAACACUCAUAUUCACAGAAAGCUUACCUUGUAUGCUUCAUAUUCCUCUCAGAGUAAUCACACAUACUGAAAGGUUGACCUCCCGUCUCGAGAGCUAAUGGGCUGUCAUGUUUUGGUGUUUUGCUAAGUUGCUAGUGAUCUCAGUAGACACAAUUUGGAAAGACUAUUAGAAGGUCAUUAAAGAAAUGGGGUUGCUAAAGCUUCAAUCACCCACUUGUUUUAUUUUGUAAUUUUACCAUCUACUUAGAUCCCUGAGGGGAAAUAAUCUCCAAUUCUCUGGACACAUCUGAUUUGCAUCCGUUAUUUGAUGUAAGUCUUCAUUAAUUCAGUGAUGCCAUAGGGAAAAGAUUGGAAGCAUUCUGUAUAACACUUACUAGAGUAGGAAAUUACAAAGCCCAGCAUCAGGUUGAGGAAAUUGCUCUUUUUCUAUAUACUUACAAAAUAGAAUGCAUUAUUGGACAGGAAGGGUCUCAGAGUUAAACUUUUGGAGUAAACUAUAAGCUGUCUAUAAAGUAAGAUGCUCAUUUUUUAAACAAAUUUAAAAAUUUAUUUUCAGUCAUUACAUUACAGAACUAACUUGCUGAACAAGACUAAAAUUAUGGCAAGGAAAGGGGGAGUUGUUUUAAGUAGAAUAAGAAGGAAAUCCAAGCCGGGCGAUGGUGGCGCACGCCUUUAAUCCCAGCACUCGGGAGGCAGAGGCAGGUGGAUCUCUGUGAGUUCGAGACCAGCCUGGUCUACAGAGCUAGUUCCAGGACAGGCUCCAAAGCCACAGAGAAACCCUGUCUCGAAAAACCAAAAAAAAAAAAAAAAAAAAAGGAAGGAAAUCCAACUUAAACCAGAACACUGAUGGAAAAGGUCUUCAAAGUGGCUUAAGAAAAAGGAUUAAGGGGAAAAAAAAAAAAACAGCUUCCAAAAGCAACAUUGAAAUUAUCAAUGUGCUCAAUGAAAUUAAUAAUGUAGAAUUAUAAAAAAGAAGUUGAGGACUGUAGGUAUACAUACAAGUAAAUACACCCAUGUGUGCACAGACUCGUGUACACACACAUGCACACAGUUCUAUUCGUGUAAAGCCUUAAGAAUAGAUGCUGACGUUUAAGAAGAGGGCAGGGAGAAACGGGUCGGAAAGGUGGCUUGAUGACAGAACUCACCAAGCUUGAUUCCUAGUGUAGGAUCCAUGUAGCUGCCCAACAGGACCCAUGCACACAUGUGCACAUCCCUCCAGCCUUACACACAUACAUGAAUUAGAAGUAAAAUUUUGAAUCCCUGAAAAUAGUAGAAGCCUGACCAAGCCUGGAACAAGAUGAGAAACAGAAGUUGCUGGCUGGUUUCUCUGACCUACGUGUACAGUGAUAAUGGCUUCACAGACAUACAGAUACGUAGAUAGCACUUUUCUGAUGAAGCAAGAGAACAUACUGAAGAAACUAGGCUAUCAUACUCAAGAUUAAACAACAUAGAAUCUGUUUUUCCAGUGUUUUUCUCUACAGAUGCAGGACUAUACCAGCUCCAAUGGAUUUUUUUUUUACAAACGUUGGCAGGUAUAUGGAAAUAUGAAUAUGUUCGCUAUCUUGAUUGUGGUAUUGGUUCUACAAGUCUAUAAAUUUGUAAGGACAUAUUGACUGUGUAUUGUGAAUAUGUUUGGUUCCAUUUAUUAUAUGUCAGUUGUACCAUAAAACGUAAAAACAAUAUAAAUAUUCUAUUGUAAUCGUUUGUUGUAAAGUAGGUACUGCAUUAACAACUAUGUUUACAAAUGUGAAUAGCAAUAAAAAAGAUUGAGUAUAGCUGUAACAAUCUUCUAAGGAUUUUAUAGUUUAUAUGUGUGUUUUGCCUGCAUGUAUGUAUGUGUACUGCAUGUGUGCGUUAUCCCCUGGCCGGCAGAUUUGGAGCUGGGAUUACAGAUGGUUAAGCCAACUUGUGGAUGUUAGGAAGCGAAUCUGGCUCCUCUGAAAGAGCAGCAAUUACCCUUGACCAUUAACCCAUCUUUCCAUCCCCCAGCUUAAAGUUUCCCAUUAGAGAGAGCUCACUGUAAAUUCAUAAUAAUUAAACUAUGUUGGCAUAAGGAUACUAGAUAGAAAGACUAGUGGAACAAAACAAGAGUCCAUAAAUAGCCUGUGGACAUUCAGUUAGUUUCUCCUGGCCAAGGCACCGAGUCGUUCUAUUAGGCAAGUUAAUAACUAUUGCUGUGUCCUUAUGGAAAGGGGAUCUUUAAUGACCACCUUGAUGAAGACAACGUUAAAGAACCAUGAUGGGGAACAAACAACCAAGUCCAUAAACCAUAAAGAAAUAAGAAGUAGAUCUGCUUUUCUGCAAAGACAUGCUUCUUCCCACCUUCAUGCUGUCCCAGAUCCUAAGAAACUACAUGUGAAUCUAAGAGUUACUGCACAUGGCACAUGUAUCAGCUACUGCUGCUGUGUAAGACACCAUGACCAAGACAACGUAUGGAAGAGUAGAUUUCUGACACAGAGCUCCAGACAGAGUGGUCAAGGCUGUUGGCAAGCUGCUCUCAAGUCCUACCAAUUCAAAGCCAAAUUUCUUUUUUUUUUUUUUUUUUUGAUAGUUUUGUUUGUUUCGUUUUGUUGUUUUGGGUUUUGGUUUGGUUUGGUUUGGUUUGGCUGAUAGGAACUCCCUUUGUAGGCCAGGCUGGUGUGCCAGAACAUGCCUAGUGUUCAUUUAACAAUUUUUUUUAAUGAAACCAAAACCUAAGUCAGCAAUUCCAAUAACAAUUCUUUUCAAUCCAAUGUUUUGACACAAUACUAAGACUAUAAAGGUAUAAUUCUUGCAUGUUGGAGAAUGUUAAUAAGGAAAUAUUAAACUUCAUUGUUUUCUGUAACUGUUGUUGCUAUAAGAGCAGAGAACUGUGUGUACAACAAAAGGCACUGGGAACUCCAUGUUGAGCAUGGUGCUUGAGGCAACACUGGCCGACUCUAUGUGAUGUGACGACCCCUGCGGUGCAAAGCUGUGAUCCAGACCCAAGUCUAGAGGCAUUGUUUGAUGGAACUCAGCCAGGCUUUGCCAGGAACACAGGACUCAUUACUUGUUUGAUUUUGAUUUGACUGUUGCAUAUUCUGAAGCCUUUCACUGUUGUGACUCCCAUAGUUACAUAAACCCAUAAGGGGUUGACACCCAUAGUGUAAGAGAGGCCACAUGCAAAGACCAACUUUCACAUUUUAGGGAUUUAAGUGAAUCACCUGGACACUACUAAAGUGGAGAUCCAUAACCCUAAAGUCACAGACAACCAAAGUAAAACCAGACCAAUGGGAUUGCAUGCAACUAAAGUGCUUGUUAGCAAAAGAACCAAGGGAGUGAGAAUACCGAUGACAGAAUGGAAAUGUCACACAGCUCUCACCCCCAAGAUGAUGCUAUUACAAAGGAGAGUCUUUGAGAGAUAAUUGUCAAGUGUGUUCUCCAGUUCCGCUCUCAUAAUCCAGAUAGUGCUAAUACAAACAGGCUUGAGGGAAUCUGGUGGUUUCAUACCAUAUGAAAGCAUAGCAACAAGGUACCAUCUUUGAAACAGAAAGGGACUCUUUGCCACCAAAUCUGUCAGUGCCUUCAAAGUUAUGAAGAAUAUUUUACAUUAUUUGUAAAUUGCCUACUUGGUGUCUGAGUGGAGUAAGACAAAAUGUUUGGAAAUCAUGUAACUGAUAAUGGGUUGACUAAGUCAACUCAUAGCAGGAAUUCAAAUCAUCCAAUUAAAACUGGACAAAUAAUCCAAAUAGAUAUUUCUCAAAGACAUUUAAAUGGCUGAUAGGUAAAUGCUGAAGUGUUUAGCAUUGCAAAGAAUAGUUAUCAAUACAUGCUAAAACCACAUGCUUUGUGCUUGCCUCACCAGCACAUAUACUAAAGUUGGAAUGAUAACAGAGAUUAGCAUGGCCUCUGUGUGAAGAUGACAUGCAAAUUCAUAAAGUGUUUCAUAUUUUAAUGGAUUUUUCCAUUAAAUAAUUAAAUAACAAAAAAAAACACUGUCUCUCACCUUAUAAAUAUUAGAGUGGCUGUUUUCAGAAAGAAAAAUGUUAAACACAUGAAGAAAGGGGAAUGCUUAUAUACUAUUGGGGGGUGUUACUAAGUACAGCCUUUAUGGAAAAUAGUAUGGAGGUUCCUAAGAGGAAAGUUUAUAACACUAAGUGCCUACAUAUAAACUUGGAGACUUCUCACAUUAAUGACUUAAUGAUGCACCUGAAGACCUUGGGAAAACAAAAACUGAACCACACUCCCAAACAGUAGAAAGGAAGAGAUAACCAAAGUCAGAACUGACAUAAAUGAAAUAGAAAUGAAAGAGACAAGCAAAGAAUCAGUAAAGUGUAGAGUUGGUUCUUUGAAAAGAUUAACAAGAUUGACAAAAGUUCAGCCAAACAAGCCAAAAGAAAGAAAAGACCCCAGUAAAUAAAAUCAUAGAUGAAAAGUGAGACAUCACAACAGACACAGAAAAUUUAGAGACUAUAAGGAUAUACUGUGGAGGCCAAAAAAAUGAAGGCCCAUUUCCACCUUGUCUGAGGGUCAGAGAGUUUGGACCCUAACAGACAUAAUUGCACCUUCUAAUUCAGCAGGUGGUUGCUGGCUCUUUUGAAGUUAAGAUAGCUCAGUGCCAUUCGGAUGGUGGUCAGGAUAUGCAGGUGUGCUUCUGCUCCUUUCUUUUGUAACUAUGAGGUCACCCAGGGAAGGGCAGUCUUAGCAUACAUGACCUAGAGUAAGUAACUUAGGGCACCUCAGCUACCUGGAUGACAGAAUGCUAUGUGAGUUACCUUUUGUAUCAUGUUAAUAACGUCUUCUGUUAUCUUCUCCCCCAGUCUGCAUUGGAUAUAAAAGCUAUGGAAAAAUAAACACGGGUAAUUUCAGGGUUUCAAUAAUCCCUGGAAUACCCUCCCAGUACUGUC